AAUAUGAGCCUUUGGGUGGAUAAAUAUCGUCCAACGACGCUUGGAAAACUAGAUUAUCACAAGGAACAGGCAGAGUACCUGAAAAAUAUGGUGCAAAAAGGGGAUUUUCCACAUUUACUGGUUUACGGACCAUCGGGAGCUGGAAAGAAAACUCGUAUCAUGUGCAUCAUAAAAGAGUUGUAUGGGAACGGAGCAGAGAAAUUAAAAACAGACACGAUGACAUUCGAGACACCAUCCAAAAAGAAACUAGAAAUCACAACGAUAAGUAGCAAUUAUCAUAUUGAAGUAAAUCCCAGUGAUGUGGGUAUAUAUGAUAGGGUAGUGGUGAUGGAUUUGAUCAAAAUGAUUGCUCAAACCCAUCAGAUUGAUCCAAGUGGACAAAGAGAAUUCAAGGUUGUGCUGCUGACAAACGUCGAUCAGCUUACGAGAGACGCUCAGCAUGCUCUUCGAAGAACGAUGGAAAAGUAUGUUGCCACGUGUAGAUUGAUACUGUGUGCAAACUCGACGUCGAAAGUUCUGCCAGCGAUUAGAUCGCGAUGUCUAGCGAUCAGGAUUCCAGCACCGACGAUAUCGGACAUAAAGAACAUUUUACAAUUGAUUUGCAAACGCGAGGGUUUAACUUUGCCAGAGGAGCUUGCAGUUAGAUUAGCGGAGGCCAGCGGUAGAAAUCUUAGGCGAGCGAUUUUGAUGCUCGAGGCUUGCAAAGUUGAACAAUACCCGUUUACUGCCGAUCAAAAUAUCACCGAGGCAGAUUGGCAAGUGUAUAUUCGUAACACAGCCAGUAUGAUGGUCUGCGAACAGACACCGCAAAAGAUUCAUGCGAUCAGGGAGAGACUUUAUGAAUUAUUAACACACGCGAUACCCUGCGAACUGAUAUUUAAAGGUCUUUUACAGGAGUGCAUAAAAAAUUGUGAUCUUCAGUUAAAAAUUGAAAUUGCAACGAUCGCAGCAGAGUAUGAACAUAAGAUGCAUAAGGGAUCGAAAGCGAUCUUUCAUUUAGAGGCAUUUGUCGCACGGUUUAUGGCAAUCUACAAAAAGUUUAUCGAUAUGUCCCUCGAAGAUUUUAUGUGACACUUUUGUAUUUUUAUGUAUUAAAAUCCAAGUAUUACCAAUGAA